GGCAUUUGAGGAGCUAAACUUUAUAUAUAGGGCCAGCUCUCAUACCACCCGACCAACCAUUUUACAUUUACAGUAACAGUAUUGAAAUUUCGGAAAAAAUGGCGAUGGCUUUCAAGAUGGCGACGACUGGAAUGUGGGUUACAGAUGAGUGCAAGAACUCGUUCAUGGAUAUGAAAUGGAAGAAGGAGCACAGAUACAUUGUUUUCAAGAUCGACGAAGGAUCAAGGCUCGUCACCGUUGAUAAACUCGGUGGCCCCACCGAGGGCUAUGAUGAUCUCACCGCCUCCUUGCCCACCGAUGAUUGCCGAUACGCGGUUUUUGACUUCGACUUUGUCACCGUUGAUAACUGCCGCAAGAGCAAGAUCUUCUUCAUUGCAUGGUCUCCAACAGCAUCAAGGAUUAGAGCAAAGAUUCUAUACGCAACUUCGAAGGAUGGGCUGAGAAGAGCGCUGGAUGGAAUCAGCUAUGAACUCCAGGCCACAGAUCCAACUGAGAUGGGAUUCGAUGUAAUUAGAGACAUAGCCAAAUAGACAGAUAGAGAUUCAAAUUAAAUACGAGAGUCCUUUUAUCUUCAGUUCAGAUGUGGUUCCACGUUGAGUAGUUUUAAUUUAGCAGCUCCCAUGACAUGUGCUCUCCUUUCUUAUCGUUUUGUAUCAUCACCCAGUACUUUGGCUGGCAUGUUCAAUGUGAUAUAUAAUGUAUGUGGGGCAUGUAAUCUUAAAUCACAAUAAUAUACUAUAUCUAAUAAUGUGGUUACCCCAUGUA